ACCUUUUCAAGUCACAAACAGUACACACAUUACAAAACUAAGUUAUAUAUACAAUCCCUCAAAGAAUUAUAUUUUCAAGUCUUCACAAAUUUCCUUUGACAGAGAGGAGAUUCAAAGGCAAAAAGAUUAAUGGCUUCCUCUACAGUAAUCAGUGGUGUGCAAGGAGCACUUUUGGUGCUAGCCCUUCUGGUUUUUCUUGGGAAUAUUAUGAUGUGGAUCAUUAUGCCAACUGAUACAUAUCAUGAUAAAUGGCUUCCACAUAUUCUGGCUGAUACAAAUUCUACUUUCUUUGGAAUACAAGGUCCAAUAAUGCUGGAUUUCACAUUCCCAAUUUUAUUCAUUGCUGCUGUGGGCUGUAUAUAUCUGCAUUUGGGAAAGAAAAGAACUAGUGACAGUAACAUAGGAAGAAAAAAAACAGCACACAAAUUUGGGUUCUUGAAGCGGCCAAUGAUCGUUAAAGGGCUCGGGAUUGUUACAUUGAUUGAGCUUGCUUUAUUCACUAUGUUCAUUGCUCUUGAUGUUUGGUAUUUCUCAUACUAUGUACGAUACUUGUUUAAACAAGUUCCUCUACUCCAAAUACAACGUCGCGAGCAAGUGUGGCAAACCAAGUUCGAUAGAGUGGCUCUAGUGUUUGGCCUAGCAGGGAAUGUAUGUUUAACGUUUCUAUUCUAUCCAGUGACAAGAGGCUCAUCCAUUUUGCCAAUGUGGGGGUUAACUUCUGAGGGUAGCAUCAAGUAUCAUACGUGGCUUGGACAUAUAGCCAUGACCCUCUUUACUAUUCAUGGUUCCCUUUAUAUUGUCUACUGGACUCUUACUCAUAGAUUAUCUGAGAUGCUCAAAUGGGAUCAACAUUAUAUAGCAAAUGUAGCUGGAGAAAUAGGGUUGUUAUGUGGACUGGCUUUGUGGAUGACAACAUACCCUACUAUAAGAAGAAAAAUGUUUGACCUCUUCUUCUACACUCAUUAUCUCUACAUUCCCUUCAUGGUUUUCUUCAUUCUACAUACUGGCAUUGGUUUUGCCUGCAUUAUGCUCCCUGGUUUUUAUCUUUUCAUCAUCGACCGCUACUUGAGGUUCUUACAGUCAAGACAAAAAGUCCGACUUGUUUCUGCUCGUGUUCUUCCAUGCGAAACUGUGGAAUUGAAUUUCUCCAAGAGUCGAGCUUUGAAUUACAGUCCAACAAGCAUAAUGUUCAUAAAUGUUCCCAGCAUUUCAAAGCUGCAGUGGCAUCCUUUCACUGUUACUUCAAACAGUAAUUUGGAACCGGAGAGGAUUAGUGUUGUCAUCAAGUGCGUAGGAAAUUGGACUAAAAAUCUCUAUGAUUUGAUUUCAUCUCCUUCUUCUUUGACUAAUCGUCAUCUUGAAGUUUCAGUAGAAGGACCCUAUGGACCUGCAGCUACGAAUUUUCUCAGGUUAGUUUACAUCCAAACUGCAUAAUAACUGGCUCAUGAGAGCUAUAUAUCUUCUAAAUCGAGUUGUUGAAGAUAAUAUAUAAAUAAAUAAAGUUCACUUCUUUCUUGUGACUUUAAAUUUUCACAAGUUGAUAAAAACCGGACCAGAUUGACCAACUUGAAGAGAAAAAUCACAUACAUUACUACAAUUUAUACUUUUGUGUGUAUUGCAAUAUUUUUUUAUCUCUAGUUCGACUCUACUGGAAUCAUGGAUGAACCUUCAACUUCUAACUGAAUGUCCAGGCUGGGUAUAAAAAUUUUGGUUGAAAUCGACUUUGAAACCCAGCUAUUGCCUGAUUGAUCAAUGGGCUAGGAAAGUCCAUCAACCAUCAACAGCCCCUAAGAGGAUGGUCGAACUUUCGUGUGUAUUCUUUUUUUUUUUAAUUAUUAUUUAUAAUGGGGGAACUCG